AUUGGAUUAACUGGGCUUUUAAACACACGGCGCGAAAAGUCCCUUUUCUUCUUUGAUUACAAAUAUGUUAAUCUGUUCAACUGUUGACGGGGUUUGUUUACGUUUUACCGUUUUUUUUCUUUUUUAGAUGAGACUGGCAGCACGGAAGCAACAGUCGAUGAGCUAUGAUGUCAUUUGUUUCUGUAACGUUAUCUAUAAAGGCAGCUGUCGACAGGACUGGGAGCAAAGCGUGGCUGACUGGACACACUCCGAGUGGUCACUGCAGCUCUAUACCGAGGAAACAUCCCAUAGUGAGACAAGAAGAUGAGUGAAGCCGCUGCGGACUCUGGCACGCUCUGCCUCUUUGAUGUUGACGGAACGCUCACGUCCGCGAGACAGCGUGUGACUCCAAACAUGGCCGAGUUCCUCGAGAAGCUCAGGACUAGAGUUCGAGUCGGAGUGGUAGGAGGGUCGGACCUCUGUAAGAUCCAAGAGCAGCUGGGAAAUGACGUGAUACAGAAAGUGGACUACGUGUUUGCUGAGAACGGUCUUGUGGCCUACAAGAAUGGACAGUUACUCUCUGUCCAGUCCAUCCAGGCCCAUAUGGGAGAAGAGCUACUCCAAGAUUUCAUUAACUUCUGUCUCAACUACAUGGCCAAGAUCAAACUCCCUAAGAAGAGGGGGACAUUCAUUGAGUUCCGUAACGGCAUGUUGAACAUCUCCCCCAUUGGACGAAGCUGUACACAGGAAGAGAGAAACGAGUUCUACGAGCUAGAUCAGAAAGAGAAAGUCAGAGAAAAAUUUGUGUCCAUAUUAAAGGAAGAGUUCAAAGGAAAAGGAUUGUCAUUUUCAAUCGGGGGGCAGAUCAGCUUUGAUGUGUUUCCUGAUGGUUGGGAUAAGAGAUUUUGUCUGGGCUUUGUUGAGAAGGACAACUACUCAACCAUUCACUUCUUUGGAGACAAGACCAAACCUGGAGGAAACGAUUAUGAGAUCUACAGCGACCCUCGGACCAUCGGCCAUGAAGUCUCCUGUCCAGCGGAAACGCAACAACUUUGUCAGCAGCUUUUCUUCUCAUGAGAGAGAAGCAGCAACUGUGCCAAACAGGCUUCUAUUAGAGAUCUCAUUUAUCUGUCAAUAACAUAUCUUCAGACUAGACCACACAAAUGGUUGCUUGAAUGCAGAAGGAGCCAACAUCUCAGUAUCUUUGGUAAUGUCAGGAAGGAGAGUAAAGACUCCCUGACUGAGAGGAAGGGAUUUUUGGUUUAGUAUUAUAUAAGAACUGUCACGACUUCAAAAUGUGAUGUCAUGAGUUAAAAUGUAUUGUUUUAAUGAUUGGACAUCUUGUGUUCUUAACAUCACCUCAUGGUAAACAUUGCGCCAAAACAAUUACCAAUCAAAUGUUUCCAUCUUGUUUUAGAUUGUGAAAACAAAACUCAACUACAAAUCUGUUUGUCUGUGGUCUCAUUGCUUGGAUUUGUUUCAUUGGUGUAUGUCAUGCCAAUACCAGCUGCUUUUAAAUCUGUUUUUGAUUAAAACCCCAACUCCGACUCACCAACUGAACCGCUUACAAUCUGCACCAGUGAGACAAACACGGAAGACCCUUUUGAAUUAAAAUUCAAAUGUGGUUUCAUAGUGAAUGAUGUGAGGGAAACCCAGCUGGUCAUAUGCCACUGUUAAUGUGACAAACAGAACUGAAUGCUGCUUUUAUUUUCCCAGAGCAAAUAUUGUUUUCAGAGCUAUGAUGUCUUCCUCUUUAGAUUUUAUGUUCAGACAUUUUUUUGUAUCACUGCUCCAUUUCAUCCCUACAAACUGCAACCAUAAUACACAUCACUUAUAGAACAGCACAUAUUGAAAUGUAAUGUUCCCAGUACAUGGCACUUGAACUUGAAUGAAGUAUCAACUUUUGAAGAUUCUGCUGUUGAAGAUGUGAACUCUGAGAAAGAAUUUAAGUAUACUGUAUAUCCAUGCUAAAAAGUAUAAUAUGUAAAGAUUUAGAAGUGCGGUCGAGAUUACAAAUACUGCUUUAGUAAAUUCGAGCACCAAUGAUACUGGAUUUUUUUAGGCGGAUAUUGGUCAAAACCAUAUAUUGGCAGAUUGUUUUCUUAAAAACUUUUGCAAAGGGUACCUGAAUUGUGAUUGUUAUAAGGUUGUGACCAGCAUAUGUUCUGUGCAGGGCAUUUGGCUCUCUGGUGGACAUAGUAUGUAAUGUUUGGUAAACCUCCAUAGAAGUAUCUUUAUCAUUGUUAUUGGUAAAUUUACACUGAUACCAAUUGGACCAUACCUCUUGCUGUGUUCAUAGACCGUAUAUUAAUUGAAGUGUAGUGGCAUGAAAAUGAUAGCUAUCUUUAUAAAAUAUACAUAUUUGAUGUGAAUUCUUUAAUGGAGUUUUUUUUCCCUUUAAACGUCCAGGGAAUGUUCAGAAAAAUAGAAAUCCAGCACAUUACAUAAGAAUCAUCUAACUACAAGCCAAACCUGGAGAAUUAAAGCCCUUAGCAUUGCACACAUUUAGAUAUAUGACAAAUGACAUGAGAUGUCAGUUUUGUCAAAUCCGAUCAUGUAUGCAGGGAAUGGAUCAGCUUUUUUUCCCACUGACUAUUCGCCAGUCGGUUCGUUGUCAUUUUGUGAUGAAACAAUAAAACGGCAGUAAUAUCAAGUGA